CCCGACCCCCGUGCCGCCUAGCUUUGGCGACACGGGGGUAGAAACCCUAGCGCCGCCAUAGUCCUCACCCCCUCCCCCACCUGUCUCGCCGCCGCCGAAGCCCGGGCCGGCCCCGAGGAAGGCGGUGGCGGGGCGCUAUCCCUGGCCAGUCUGGCGCGUCGAGAGGGGCUGCAUCACAGCGCGUCCAUGGAGAUCUGCCGGCGCUUACUGGAGCCUGGGAUCUGUGGUUUGCGCGCCCAGAUCCGUGCAUUUCGCGUCCGUGGCUGCGCGGUGGAGGCGCCUGGCCGCGUGCUCGUCCAACGCCUGGUGCGCGCGCCCUUGGCUGCGCGUCGAUGGGGUUGGGCACGGUCACUGCUGCGGGGAUGCCCAGGGGCGGCGCGGACGUGCGCGUCGUCGUCGCAGGGUGAUGCUGGGGGACGCGGGCUCCCCUAGCUGGUGGCCUCUGGCCUGAGCGGCCGGAUCUGACGGGCCAUGUCGGUCAGAUCUGGCGCUAUGGCGGCCGGAGGUGGCUCGGCCGGCGACUGACUCCAAGCGGACUGUGGUAGCUCCCUGUCGGGAUGGUGGUCUGGGGUGGCGUGGUCUGGGCUGUGCCUUCGGGACGCUCUAGGCUUGUGUCGCCAGCAGUGCUCCUGCUAGUUUUGUGCGGUGCAGCAAGUGGCGCCUGCUGCUCCGGUUUGGUGGUGGUGUGUUUGGCGAAGUCAUCGCAGCAUAGGUGCUCGGUUUCCCUGACGAAAGUCAUGCUCGACUCUGGUUUGAGCUGAUGGCAAAUGACGCCUUCGGGUGUGAUUUCCCUUGUUGGAGGUGCCAUCAAGGGGGUCCGACACCUCUCCCUGCUCCGUGUUCUUGUCUCCUGGUGAAAACCGUGUGCAAUGGUGGCGUCUUUGCCGUCAUUACUUUGUUGGAAGCAUUGCCUUGGAGUCAAGUCUGGUGUUGGAAGCAUCUGCUUGGUGGUGGUGUGGUGGAUCUGGAGCGGGCAGCGUCUUGGUGAGCAUGGAGCAUUGGUGGUGAGUCCGUUUGGAGUGGAUCGUCGGUCGACGGUGAGAGGAGCAGGAGCACCCUCUGUAUGCAAGUAGCGCCAGACGAGCUAUGUCAGCUAGCCUCGUGGGAUCAGAGCGGCAUAUGUCUCGCUCUUUCGGAUGUAUCGUUCCUCUCCGGUGUCCUCGAUGUUUGCGGAUAUGCUCGUAGCAGCCCGGUACAAUACGACGGUUGUCGGUGUGCUCUUUGGUAACAGCGUAGGCGCUCGAGUGCCCGCCCGGGUCGCCAUGGUUGGAGAGUGGCAACCACAAAACGGCCAAGUGCAUGAUGAGAUCGACCUCAGCAUCCCAGUCGAUGACAAAGACUUGAUCUGGAGCAACACGGGCACGAUGAAUGAUGAUGAAGAUGUUGCUACCGCGGAUGAAGGUAUUACUGAUGCCGGGAGUGCUAGUCACAUGAGGAAGAGGGGCAGGCAUGCAAACCGCCAAAUUCAGGAACUUGAAGCUAUGUUCCAGCAAUGUCCCCACCCCGAUGAGAAUCUACGUAUCGCCCUCAGCAAGAAGGUGUGCAUGGAUCCUCUUCGGGUCAAGUUCUGGUUCCAGAAUCGACGCAAUGCAAAGAAGAACCAGAAUGAGCGUCAACAGAACAUGGUGCUCCGGACGGAGAACAUUAUGCUAGAAGAAGAGAAUCGAGCCAUGAAGGCCGCAAUACUGAAGAAGACCUGCCCCACAUGCAAAGGCCCGAUGGUGUUCUUUAGGCCGCUGACCCCGGAGCUGCGGCGCCUACACAUGGAGAACGCGAGGCUUAAGGCCGAACUCCUCCACAGGACGGCCUACCUCCACGGUGUCUCUGCUGGAACUGCAGGCUCGUCACGGAUUCUCUGCGAUCUCAACGUCGACCCCGUCAUGCCGCUUCCGCUACGCCAGGACGAUCUCAUGGCGGACACCAUGGGUCACUGUGCUCCCGGCGGCUGCGCAUCCGCCGCCGGCGGCCCGGAGCACGCCGCGCUUGAGAGGCACGUCCUCGCUGCACUCCGCGAGCUCAUGAUGCUGAUGAAGCAGGGCGAGCCAAUGUGGCAGCCGGCAGCCCUGGGCGGCGAGGUGCUCGACCACCAGCUGUAUCGUGCGACCACGCUCCCAGGCUUACUCGAGCUUCCCCCGCCGGGGUUCACGGCGAAUGGCACUCGGGACACUGGCUUGGUUAUGUGCACUGGAGCCGACCUUGUCCGCAUCUUCAUGGACGAGAACUGUUGGUCUGAGACGUUCCCCGAUAUCGUGGCAAGUGUUUCCGCCGACAACAUCGGCCACGGUUGUAUCUGCCAAGGGGGAGUGAUACUGAUGAAGGCAGGCCUUCGGGUGCUGUCGCCAGGGGUGUCGAGUUGCGAUGUGAAGUUCGUGAGGCAAUGCCAGAUGAUAGAGCAAGGCGUUUGGGCCGUGGUGGACGUGUCUCUUGAUGCCAAUGGCACAUCUGAGCUCAGAGCAUGGAACACUGGCCUACCGGGGGCCUGCCGGGUGCUGCCAAGUGGGUGUCUUAUCAAGGACAUGAACAAUGGCUACUGCAAGGUGGCAAUGAUCGUGAACGCGGAGUACGACAAGGGCUUCAUGCGGUCGCCGCUCCACCCGCUGCUGAGCUCAGGGCACACUUUCAGCGCACGCCGCUGGCUGACAUCGCUCCAGAGGAGGUGCGAAUUCCUUGCGCAGCGCUUGAGCCCCGCCUAUGGCAUCAGCAGGGCAGCAGGUGGUGCUAUAACGCCCGAGGGGCGAAACAACGUCCUGGAGCUGGCACGGAGGAUGACGGAGAGCUUCUAUGUAGCCAUCUCUGCGCCCAGGGGCGAGGCGUGGCGCAAGGUCGCCGACUCGCGCGGCAGCUGCGGAGUCGGCGGCGAGUCCUUCCAGCUGGCCAUGCACGUGGUGACUCCGCUCGCUGCACCUGGAGAGCAGGCGGCCGGGCCCGUGCUGUGCGCUACCACGACGGUGUGGCUCCCCGAGAUACCGCCGCAGCGCGUGUUCGACUACAUCUGCGACGUGGAGCGCCGUGGCGAGUGGGACGUGCUUGCCGAGGGCGCACGCGUGCAGGAGGACGCUUCCCUUGCCACGGCCCAGUUCCCUCUUACCGGCGUCUCCAUCCUUCGCCCCACUGUAAUGGGUCGUGGUCGUGGUGGAAGCAGCUGCAACAAGAAGCUCAUCCUGCAGCAGGCUUGCGGCGACGCGCCGUGCAUGGUGGUGGCGUACGCUCCGAUUGACACGGCAGACCUGAAGGACGUGAUGCAUGGGGGCAGACGUGCCUCUCUCUCCCUGCUGCCCUCCGGGUUCUCCAUCCUUCCUGACGGCGUCGGCGACAUACAGACGGAUCCGCUUGAUGCCAACCCCUCCGCGGUCGACCCCAUAGACCACCAGAGGAGCUGCGGAUCUCUCGUCUCUGUCCUGCGGCAGACUCACCUGAUUGGAGGGAACCUCACCGCACAGACCGUCGACAACUUCGGGAAUAAUGUCUCCGGUUCCAUCAUGAAGAUCAAGGAUGCGGUCCAUGCCAAGAGGGUUAUGACCGUCUGAUGCGCCUUCUACCAUUUCCGGUUCAUAAUAAGAAUAAGCACUCAGAAGAGAAACUGAGAAUAAAUUUGUGGACUUCGUUGCAAAUUUUAUUUCAAUAAUUGCUACAUUGUAGACAUUGAACUGCACCAAUGGGUUGUUUGUUUUCCAAAUGAAUUUAUGAAUCACUUUGUUUUUCUCU